AUGCUGGUAAAGUCCCUGGACGCUGAGGACCACAUCUCGCACCUUCAACAAGCCUUCACUACUCUCAGGAGGUACAACAUGAAGCUGAACCCUUCGAAGUGCUCGUUCGGGGUAAGCUCUGGGAAGUUCCUAGGGUAUAUAGUCACCCACAAGGGCAUUGAAGCAAUCCUAGAGCAGGCUUAUCAAAUUGUGGUGGUCACCUCUUUCCCCAUCAAAGCAGUCCUCCACAAGCCAGAAGUGUCUGGACGACUAGCAAAAUGGGCUAUAGAGCUGGGGGAGUACGAUGUGAUCUUCCGGCCUGCAACAGCCAUCAAGUCGCAAGUCCUAGCGGAUUUUGUAGCUGAAUUCUCUUCUGCCAUGCUUCCAGCCCUGGAACAAGAGGUAAAGCUUCGUGAUAGCGAAGGGGAUAAAGGCGAAUGGACACUGUACGUUGAUGGGUCUUGUAACGUAAGGGGCGCAGGCGUGGGACUAGUCCUAACUUCCCCUACGGUGGAACCAGCCUCAAGGGCUGUACGAUGCAACUUCAAAGCAACGAACAACAAAGCUGAGUAUGAAGCUCUAAUAGCAGGUCUGACACUCGCCAAACAGAUGGGAGUAGAAGACAUCCAGGUCUUCAGCGAGUCACAACUGAUCAUAUGCCAAGUCCAAGGAGACUACCAGGCGGAAGAUCCGAGUAUGAUCAGGUACCUAUCUGUGGCUAAGCGACUACUCGACAGGUUUCGACACUGUAAGCUCACCCAGAUAACUAGGGAGCACAACUCCCAGGCCGACGCUCUAACUAAUUUAGGGUCCGCCCUAGAAACUAUAAGUCAUAUGAGCAUCCCACUACUGGUACUCCAAUGGCCCGUAACCGAAAAGGAGACGAAGCCUAAAGAAGUAUCUGUAGUAGACGAAGGAGAGACCUGGAUGACUCCCAUCAUUAGCUAUCUGAGGUACGACACCUUACCUGAAGAUCGAGACGAAAGUCGGAAGAUAAGGCGCCAAGCUUCCAGAGAAGCCGCCAGGAUACUAGAAGAGCUUCACGAGGGAGAGUGUGGUUCCCAUUCUAGUGGUCGGAGCUUGUUACUUAGAGCCAGAAGGGCUGGAUACUACUGGCCAACCAUUGCGAGGGAGUCCCCCAAACAAGCCAAACUCUGUAGCCAAUGCCAGAAGCACGCGCCAGUCUCCAACCUUCCACAAGAGAACCUCAAGUUUCUAAGAUCUCCUUGGCCCUUCUGA